GUUUUCAUGCCAAUGCGGUGCCUUAUGAUUACUCAUUUACAGACGAGGCAAUGUUUGGCAACACCUCUAAGGUCUCAAUAUGAUGGAGGAAUAGUUGUGAACCCCGAAUUCAAUGAGGGUUUGAAGGGUUGGACACAAUUUGGAGAUAUAAAUAUAGAGCAUCAACAAUCUGAUGAUGGCAACAAAUACAUUGUUGCUUCUAAAAGAAAUCAAUCUUUUCAUAGUUUACCACAAAUUUUUAAUUUGGAGAACGAAAAACUAUACACUUUCUCGGCUUGGUUACAAGUAAGCAAUGCAGAAGCCGAUAUAGCAGCAGUUUUCAAGAGCAACACGAGUUAUGUGAUAGCUGGUUGGGUCACGGCUAAAAAAGGUUGUUGGUCCUUUUUGAAGGGUGGCUUAACCGUCAAUGAAUCCGGCCCAGCCCAACUUUAUUUUGAGAGCCAAAAUUCAGAAGUUGAUAUUUGGGCGGACAGCAUUUCGUUGCAGCCAUUUACUCAAGAAGAGUGGAUAUCUCACCAACGAGAUAGCUUGGAAAAGGCACGCAAAGGGAGGGUAAAAUUGCAGGCACUGGACCAGCACGGCCGACCCGUCCCCAACGCCACCGUGUCCAUCAAGCAGGCCCGCGGCGGAUUCCCUCUCGGCGUCGCCAUCAACAACAACUUCCUCAACAACGCCCCCUACCAAACCUGGUUCUUCUCCCGCUUCAAACACGCCGUCUUCGAGAACGAGCUCAAGUGGGUCUCCAACGAGCCUUCCCGGGGCUCCGAGGACUACUCCACCUCCGACGCCCUGGUCCGCCUUCUCCAGUCCCGCGGCGUCGCCAUCCGCGGCCACAACGUGCUCUGGGCCGACGCAAAGUUCCAACCGGGCUGGGUCGGCGGUCUUUCUCCGGCCGAUCUCCGGUCCGCCGCCAUGAAGAGGGUAAACUCGGUGGUGGGCCGGUACAAGGGGCAGCUCAUCCACUGGGACGUGAUGAACGAGAAUCUGCACUUCAAUUUCUUCGAGACCAAGUUGGGGAAUCAGGCUUCGAGACAGUUCUAUUCGAUGGCGAACAAGAUCGACGGCCGUGCGACGCCGUUUCUGAACGAAUACAAUACGAUUGAGGACGCGCGUGAUGGGGCUUCGUCGCCGGCCAAGUAUUUGGGGAAGAUUAGGGAAUUUAGGGCCCAGGGUUAUAAUGGUCCUUUGGGUAUUGGGGUGCAGGGCCAUUUUUCGAUUCCCAAUUUGCCCUUUACAAGGUCUGCCAUUGAUGCGCUCGCGUCCGCUAGGCUCCCCAUUUGGGUUACCGAGUUGGACGUUACGUCUGGGCCCAACCAGGCAUCAUACUUGGAUCAAGUUCUGCAUGAGAUUCAUUCACACCCGGCCGUGCAAGGCAUAAUACUCUGGGUUGCCCGGAGUCAACAGGGAUGCUACACAAUGUGUCUCACGGACGGUAAUUUUAAAAAUUUAGCCACUGGUGAUGUGGUUGACAGGUUCAGAGGGCAGUUGGCAGAGAAUGAUCAUUACCCCGGAACUACUGAUUCUGACGGAUUUUACGAGGACUCGUUUUAUCAUGGCGAAUAUGAAGUGACAAUCAGCCACCCGAGUGACGGACGACUUUCCAAUUCCCAUCAGAUUAAUGUUGUGCCGCAAAGCGAAACUGGAGGCGUUCGUCGUAUCACGAUAAACGUUUGA